AGAAGCAACAAUCUCUAUUAGACAAAACAAAUGGCCUACUUGCGAGCAAAGGACCUAUGGCUACAGAGGACAGCCAAGCUGCAGCAACAAACUUGUUACAACAAAGCUCUACAAUCAAUAAUAUACCUAGCUAG